AUGAAGACACAACCAGCAAAGAUCUACAAAGGAAUGAGAUGGCAAGUAUUAUUUUUCUUUCAUAUCUCUUGGCUUUGUCAUGCAGUCUCAGGUGAGCUUCAGUAUUCUAUUUUAGAGGAAAUGAGAAAAGGUUCACUUGUAGGAAAUAUAGCAAAUGAUCUGGGUUUGAAUAUUAAAGAACUGUCAAGUAGAAAUUUCCAAAUUGUGUCUCAUAUUUCAGAGAAAUAUUUUACAAUCAGUUUAGAAAAUGGAAAUUUGUAUGUUAGAGACAGGAUAGACAGGGAGACACUGUGUGGAGCAUCAAACAAAUGCUUUUUAACAUUUGAUGCAUUGCUGGAAAAUCCUUUAAAUGUUUUCCAUGUGAAAAUUGAAAUUCAGGAUAUAAAUGACAAUGCCCCCAAAUUUUUUCAUGAAACAAUAAAAUUGGAAAUGAUCGAAACUACUUCACUUGGAGCACAAUUUGUAUUGCAAAAUGCAAGAGAUACAGAUUUAGGAAUUAAUUCAAUUCAAGGCUACAAACUUAGUGCAAAUGAAUACUUUUUAUUGAUAGAAAAGGCAAAUUCUGAUGAUAUUACAUUGCCAGAAAUUGUUUUAGAGAAGCCCUUAGACCGUGAAAUUCAAAGCUCUCUUGAGCUUACACUUACAGCUUUUGAUGGAGGAAGUCCCCCCAAAACUGGCACUGCAGUGAUUAAAAUACAUGUUAUUGAUGUCAAUGACAACUUUCCUAUAUUUACACAAAAUGUAUAUAAAGUCAAUUUAAAGGAAAACGCUCCAAUCAACACUACAGUUCUUCAAUUACAAGCUAGUGAUAAAGAUGAAGGCUCAAAUUCACAGAUCCUCUUCUCAUUCAGCAAUAUUCAAGAAGAUGCUCUGAAGGUAUUUAGUAUUGAUCCAAAUAAUGGUGAAAUUAAAAAUAUCAACUAUGUGGAUUUUGAAACAGCUAAAGCUUAUGAGAUACUUGUGCAGGCACAGGAUGGAGGAGGCCUAGCUUCACAUGCCAAAGUGUUGAUAAAGAUAAUAGAUGUAAAUGAUAAUGUACCUGAGAUAACUGUUAACUCUAUAACAUCAAUAAUUUCAGAGAAUGCCUUACCUGGUACAGUAGUUGCUCUUAUUAAUGUCCAUGAUAAAGAUUCUGAAGAAAAUAGUGAAGUAAUCUGCAAAAUUACAGAAACAUCAGCUUUUAAAUUAUUAUCGUCAUCUGGAAACUAUUAUAAAAUAGUGACAGUUUAUGCUAUGGAUAGAGAAAAUAUAUCAUUUUAUGAUAUUGCUGUUUUGGCAACUGACAAAGGAUCGCCUCCAUUAUCAUCUAGAAAAAUCAUUAGAUUAGAGAUAUCAGAUAUAAAUGAUAAUGCACCUGUUUUUGAAAAAACAACCUAUGUUGCCUACAUACAAGAAAAUAACCUCAAGGGAGCAUCAAUAUACAGAAUGCAUGCUUCAGAUCUUGAUACAAAAGAAAAUGCUAAAAUAGUCUAUUCAAUUAGUAGUUGGAAGAUGGAGGAAAUACGUGUAUCGUCUUAUCUGUCCAUCAACCCAGAGACCGGUGUUGUAUAUGCACAACAAUCAUUUGAUUAUGAGCAACAAAAGGAAUUUUACAUUGAAGUAAUGGCUAAAGAUAGUGGGACCCCAUCUCUAAGCAGCAAUGCAACCCUGAGAAUUUGUAUUAUAGAUCAGAAUGAUAAUGCACCAAUCAUUCUUUAUCCUUCACCAGAAAGUGAUGGUUCAACUUUGUUUGAAAUGGUUCCACUGUCUUUUGAACAAGGUUAUCUAGUCACUAAAGUGGUAGCUGUGGAUGCUGACUUUGGACACAAUGCAUGGCUCUCCUAUCAUUUUUUACAAGUAUCAGACCCAUCCUAUUUUAGCAUUGCACAAAACAAUGGUGAGAUCAGGACAUCUCGUUCAUUUCAAGAAAAAGAUGCUUUACGUCAAAAAGUUGUUGUUAUGGUGAAGGACAAUGGAAACCCACCUCUCUCAGCCACAGUCUCAUUAAAUUUUGUUGUUGCACACAGUUUUCAGCAAGUUCUUCCUGAACUUCAUAACCAGCCUACAGAUAUUGGUUCUCAGUCUAAUUUACAGCUAUAUUUGGUUAUUGCCUUAGCCCUAAUUUCUUUUUUAUUUAUGUUGACGGUGAUCUUGGCAGUUGUAUCAAAAUACAGAAAACUUAAACCAGCUACAGCAGUCAACUCUCUGAAUGCAAAUAUAUAUUCUCAAAUUGAUCCAAGAUUAUUUUCAAGAUAUAGUAAUGGUACUUUGCCUCUGCCAUUUUCGUAUGAUGUUUGUGUGGCAUUAGACAAUAAAGAAAGUGACUUUUCAUUUCUAAAACAAAACCAGAAUGUUCCAGUAGCUAAUCUUAUUGAUUCUGACAGUUCAAGCAUUGAAAAAGACAAUGCUAAGGAGGCAUUAACUACGAGCACUCAUCUUGAGGAAUCUAGUCUACCAAUAAACGUCUUGAGAGUUUACGUAUAA